AUGACGAGACAGGAAGAAAUGAGCAAUUACUACACUAGGCUUAGGAAACUCUGGGAUGAGUUAAAGACUGCUGCAUUUGGUCCAGCAUGCACUUGUGGGGCUGAGCCACAAUGCGGUGAUGGUCAGAAGCUUAUUCAUUUCCUCACAGGGUUGAAUGAGACUUACUCAAAUGCUAGGAGUAAUAUCCUUAUGAUGUACCCUGUCCCAACUCUGGGUAAAGCUUACUCCAUUCUUCUUCAUGAUGAGAGUCAAAGAGAAAUUCAGCCAUAUGGUGGUUCAUUUCUCUCAGAAUCAGCUUCCUUUUCUGUGAAAUCUACACCUGCCCCUGCUCAGUUCACCAAUGGUCCCAAAUCCUUUCCCCAGAAAGUCAAUUUUGACAUCAAAAGUACAACUCUUGUUUGCAAAUACUGUAAAAAGACUAGGCAUUCUGUUGACAAAUGCUACAAACUCCAUGGGUUCCCAAGUGACUUCAAAUUCACAAAAGGUAGAAAGUCUAAUGCUUGUGCUCAAGUUGACACUUCUACAUCAGAGGAUCAGUAG